UCUGAGCAUCUCAUCGCAGCUGAGCUCAGCGCUGCGACUGAUGCAGGGAAUCCGUACGACGCUGCGCGACUCCGAUAGUAACGGGAGAGGUCUCUGAGCGGGGUUCUCAGCUGUGGGGUUCUCAGCUGAGGUUCGGUGAGAUGGGGCAGCCAGACUCGAUCCGGUGCGCGUCUGAAGGGUGAACUCACUGACCCCCCUCCUGCCAACUCCGCCGUGCUGCUCGGCCCGGCUGCCUUCCGUGGUGCCUUCGUGCCAGCACCCGGAUGGCGCAGAGGGGCUGGGGGGGACGACACACGCGGGCACGGAGGGCCCCGUCACCGCCACGUGGGCUGCCGGGGCGGGGGGGGAGCGAAGUGUGGCCGGGCCGGGCAGCUCCGACCCUGUUCCCGCCCGCGCGGCGGGGGGCUGGCGGGGUGCCCUCCAUCCCGGGGAUGCUGGCUGGACCCUGCGGAUGCCACGGUGUGUGCCCCACGCGGGAUGCCUGGCUGCGUGCGGUCCGGCGGAUGCCGAGCGGGUGUCCCCGCGGGGAUGCCGGUGUUGCCCCCCCCCCCCCGCCCGGGGAGCCGGCCAUGUGCCCCCCGCUGGGUGCCGCGGCUGCCCCGCUCCGCUGCGGCGGCCGCGCCCCUUCCCCCCGCAGCCAAUGGGCGAGCGGGACGCGGCGGCGCGGCGCGCCUCCGCUCACGUGUCCGCCGCCGUCCCUAUAUAAGGCGGCCAUUUCAGCCGCGCGCCCCGCCGCCCGCAGCGCCGCCUUUCGCCUCGUCUCACCUUUUCUCGCCCGCCGCCGCCUCCCGCCAUGACCGAUGCGGCCGUGUCCUUCGCCAAAGAUUUCCUCGCCGGCGGGGUGGCGGCCGCCAUCUCUAAGACCGCCGUCGCCCCCAUCGAGAGGGUGAAGCUGCUGCUGCAGGUGCAGCACGCCAGCAAGCAGAUCGCCGCCGACAAGCAGUACAAGGGCAUCAUCGACUGCGUGGUGCGCAUCCCGCGGGAGCAGGGCGUCCUCUCCUUCUGGCGCGGCAACCUGGCCAACGUCAUCCGGUACUUCCCCACCCAGGCCCUCAACUUCGCCUUCAAGGAUAAGUACAAGCAGAUCUUCCUGGGCGGCGUGGACAAGCGAACCCAGUUCUGGCGGUACUUCGCCGGUAACCUGGCAUCCGGGGGUGCCGCCGGCGCUACCUCCCUGUGCUUCGUCUACCCCCUUGACUUUGCCCGAACCCGCCUGGCAGCUGAUGUGGGUAAAGCCGGGGCCGACCGGGAGUUCAGUGGGCUUGGUGACUGCCUGGUCAAAAUCUUCCGGUCGGAUGGCCUCAGGGGCCUGUACCAGGGCUUCAAUGUCUCUGUCCAGGGCAUCAUCAUCUACAGAGCCGCCUACUUCGGCAUCUACGACACUGCAAAGGGCAUGCUUCCGGACCCAAAGAACACCCACAUCGUUGUCAGCUGGAUGAUUGCUCAGACUGUCACCGCUGUUGCCGGUUUGACCUCCUACCCAUUUGAUACAGUUCGUCGUCGCAUGAUGAUGCAGUCCGGCCGUAAAGGAACUGACAUAAUGUACACUGGCACUAUUGACUGCUGGCGGAAGAUUGCCCGGGACGAGGGCUCCAAGGCAUUUUUCAAAGGUGCAUGGUCGAAUGUACUCCGAGGAAUGGGUGGUGCUUUCGUCUUAGUUCUGUAUGACGAAAUCAAGAAGUUCACAUAAGUUAUUUCCUGUUGUGAACUGGCAUGUUAUAAUAUGUAAUCAUGGACUUGUAUGAAAACUGUCUAGUUACUAAACAGUGACGGCUGAUAUUUAUACAGGUUGGCACAGGGCAAUGGCAGCUGCCUGCCCUGUCUUUAUCAAGUCAUUCCUCCUGACAGGACCCAAAUAUGGUUUCUAUUUCAGUCACUCCUGCUUAAAGAGUACGAAGAAAUAAAAAUCUUAAACCAA